CAGAGCUCCCGUAUUAUCACAUUUUCUCUGAUGGCAGUCAACGGUUUACAGCAAAGUCUGCGUCGCACUACUAGGCUCUGGAACUCUCUUCGCUGUCUCACGACUCUCCGUCAUCUCAAGCAUGAGGGAUGUAUCAUAGAACGAACCACGAAGCUCAAACCCAAGCCUGACAACGUUUCAUCUGUGGCAUUCGGAACCGUUUUUACCGAUCACAUGUUAGAAGUGGAGUGGGAUGCAGCAGAAGGAUGGAAGACACCAAAAAUUUCCGAAUUUCACAAUCUCUCACUAUCACCUGGCUCUGUAGUCCUUCACUAUGCCUUAGAGGUUUUUGAGGGCACGAAAGCGUAUAGGGGAGAUGAUGGAAAAGUACGGCUAUUCAGACCGAUUGAAAAUAUGAAGCGCAUGAACAACUCGGCAAAACGACUGUCUCUCCCGACAUUUGAUGGGGAAGAGUUUGUGAAGUGCAUCAAAGAUCUUGUUCGUGUGGAUGCCGAUUGGGUUCCAUCCGAACCAAACACAUCAUUGUAUAUUCGUCCGACGAUGAUCGGAACUCGUCCAAGUCUUGGGGUUGGCCCCUCCAACACAGCAUUACUGUACGUAGUUUUAUGUCCAGUUGGUCCUUACUUCAAGAGUGGUUUCAAACCGGUGUCACUUCUCGCUGAUCCUCGUUUCGUUCGAUCAUUUAAAGGAGGCAUUGGUGACACCAAAGCCGGAGGCAAUUAUGGAGGUACAAUUUUUGUUCAGUUGGAGGCGGAGAAACAGGGGUGUCAGCAGGUGUUGUGGUUGUACGGACAGGAUGAGUUGUUGACAGAAGUUGGUACUAUGAAUGUUUUUCUACACUGGACCAAUGAAGCUGGAGAGAAUGAGUUGGUUACUCCUCCAUUGGAUGGCCUAAUUCUCCCUGGUGUUGUUCGAAAAUCUCUCAUAGAAUUGGCACAGCAGUGGGGCACAAUAAAAGUGUCCGAAAGGCGUAUAACAAUGGCAGAGACUGUAAAAGCAGUAAAAGAUGGUCGACUGAAAGAGAUGUUUGGUGCUGGCACUGCAUGUGUAGUAUGUCCGGUUGAUAGAAUUCUAUAUCACGGCGAGAAUCUGCCUAUUUCUUGUCCGACCGAUGGUUUGGCAAAGCGAUUUCUUAAUGAGCUCACAUCAAUUCAGUAUGGUAGGACACCACAUGAAUGGUCGGUUUCUAUUGAUUAAUGGAUAGACUAUAUGUAUGGAUAGUCUGGUAUGACUGAGACAUGAUUGUGAUUUAGUUUGGUCAAUGUAACUGUUCACCAUAUGGUUAUCUACUUUGUAGAGUCUUUCAAUUGUGUCUUGCCAUUGUGGCUAUGGCAGAUUUAUACUAUCGUGUCUUAUUAUGUUAUUCACCAUAGUUGAAUGCCGUCUUCAAACAAUACACUCUGUGUAUGCCU